AUGGCUAACGCUCCAGAGUCGCCCAGGCGUCCACUGAGCGCUCAGACAGCCUCCCACCUUCGAUACCCAACCUUCCCGCCGCUAACGGGGUCUGUAGAGGAGUGGUUGUCUCGCUCCCGCCCGACCCAUAACAUGUCGUCAGAUCAAGAGGUUGACGGCUCUGCAAAGUCGCUCGGGGAUAGUUGGGCGACUUUGAGUGUCUCGGAUCUACACUCGGAAGAUGGCAGUCGCUCCGAACAAACCGACAUGGGGUCUCUCAUCGAUCAAACAACCCCCGAUGAUGUAGCCAGCUUGGAUGAUCGAUACAGUAGCAGCGAAGGUGAGGGACCAGAUGAAGAUUAUCACCAUGGGCAUGACGAUGCAGAGCAAGAGGACCUUGAGAGUAUGGCUGGAUCCCAGAAGUUUCCGUCACUCUUUCUCCAUGGCGGGACUGCGAUCGACGAUAGCAACCUGACCGCCCGACCGGCUUUUCGUCAAUCCCUCGACGGAACAAUCGAGUUUAAGGAACCCGAGACAUGGCCGAACAGGGAACGGGUGGAGCUGAAGCAUACAAUCCACAUCUUCGAAGAUGCCACGGCCGCGGAACUCAUGCCCAACCCAACUGAUCAGAUACUUAUGGCCACCGUGCAACAAACGAUGACCAAAAAGAGUCUCGAUCUAGACAAACCUUUCCGGGUGUUGUAUAUCGGCUAUCCGGACUUCCGCAACAUCAUCCUUGACAAAAUCGGCGACGUUCUCGUAUCGAGCUCCACCUCCGGGUCACAGAGCAGCUCAGCGGAAUCCUCUCGUUACCACGUUGUGCCAACCUCGUUCGGAGUUGAUGCCCAGCCGAAUUUUGCCGAACUGAUCCCUAUCCAUGCCCAGCUAGUGGUGGAUGAAUGCAAGGACGCCAGUGAAGAGUCGCAUCCGAGCCAACCCAGUACAGUGAAUUUAGAUUUCAAGAACCGACCAUCCUGCCGCUCAUGGUGGGAUGGGACCCAAUAUCGUUUGUCCUCUGCGUCUGAAUGGACUUUACCAGACGUGGCGAUUGUAUUUAUGUCUGGCCGUGACAAUCCAGCUGCGAUUCAAACCAGGCGGCAUGCCCAUGCCUUCUUGGAGCGGCAUGGUAUUCCUGCAAUGAUGAUCUCAGAGGAUCCACUCUGGAAGUUUACCAGCGAGCCCAUUGCUGUGAACCACAACACCCUUCAUAUGUGCGUGGAGGCUCGACACUCGCAGACCGGAGAGACCACUGUUAUUCAACGUCACCCAAUCGAUCUGAAGACCUUUGAGAGCAUCACUCCUGCUCAGCUAAAUCGAAACCUGGCUUCACUCAUAGACCUCAAUCCCAAGAAGCAACAGAAGGCAGUCCCAGACCAACGUCGCGCGCCUGUACUGACAUACUCAUCCACCGAUCCUGAAAAGUAUCCUGGCAACUGGCUUCCCCCUUUGUACGGAAAUCGGACCCAAGACCUUGCCCCGACUCUGCGCUUGAUUGGCCUGGCUGUUAUUUCUGCGAUUGCACUCUCUCUUGGAUAUGCUGUCGUGAGACCUAUGGUAUUGUAUACCACGCAGUGGACGACCGGAUCAGCAUUAUCUCAUGGAAACUCCACAUUCGUCUUUCCUGUUCAGACGCCUCCAUUGACGUUGGAGCGUGGUCCAGAGACAGCAAUAUCUACAAGGUCACCGGGCCAGGUGGAUUCAUUUAAUAAGCGGCUUCCAAAUUGCCCGAUCAUCGAUCAGUUAACGGAGUUGGCGAUUGCAGCUCCCUCCUCAAAUGAGAACCUUGAUACUUUCGAGAUUCAGGUGGUUGGCGACUGCCAUGUGGUCAUCAAGCCCCCUCGUCGGCUUGUUUCUUCGAAAAAGCGGCCGAAGUUCAACGUUGACGUCCAUCGCUACAGUCAAGUCAUUCCUUGUGACCUAUCCUGGCUUUUUGAAGGUGUUUAUACUCUUCGUCUGAACCCGGAAGAUGCAUAUGGCCCAGUCAAUGUGACGAUCGCGUCUAAGUCAAAGCCUCAUUUCAAUCAAACGACAGUAAUUGAUUUCGGAACACCAUGGCUGAAAGUUGCAAAUUGGAGACGAUCCGCACGAGCGAUUUCCUCGCAGCUCACAAAGGACUUACAAAUCGCGCAAACCAGCCUGUCGGAAGUGUACACUCGAUUCUCGACCGAUCUACAGCUGGCCAUGGGAGAUGUAGUUAAGCGUUCUCAUUUACUUCAACGAGACGCUGAAUUGCUUCGCAACAAGAGCCUUAUCGCUCGAGACAAUGUUUUGUCGCGUUCGAAGGAACUCUCGGCGGUCGUUACUCGUAACGCAAUUCAGGGACUUCGAAUCGCCGGCUCUGUCCUGCAGACUCGCUCGGUUCGAGUUAAUGAAGAAGCCAAGGGCAUUGUUAGUCAUACCUGGAGCCGCUUUGAGAAGUCCAUUGCCAAUGUCGAUGUUCACUCCAUGAUGGACCGACUCCGCAAUGUGCAACAUGCCACGCUGGAUCGGGCUCAAGCGCGCGCCCGUCGCUUUGUUGGGUGUCGAGAAGGCAGUUAG